UUUUCCUCGUUCUCUAGAGAGUCAAUUGCUCGUUGAGCGCCCAGACAUUCCCUGAAUUUAUAUAUUCCCUCCUUGCGUCCUCCACAAUGCGAUUCGACAGCCUUACCGCGUUGGUCGCGGCUUCUAGUGCCCUGCUUGGCGUGUCUGCCGGGCCGUUGGUAGCCAAGAGGCAAGGUACUACUUCUGCUAGCUCAGGUGCUCCCACGGCUGGUCUGGUCGUUAGCACCAUGAGCAAUAACAAGCCAACGACAUUUGAGGUCGUUGCUCCCCUGCCAACCAAGUCUGGCUCUGCACAGUCCAGUGGAGAUUCAUCCGCCGUGGCUACUGCCACCGACAGCGAGGUAGCUUCUGCAACAAGUGCUGCCCCAACGCGGACUGGAACACCACUACCUCCCAGUCAUGACUUCCCCAGCUGCCACUCAACAGAUGCGAAGCCUUUCUGCCUGCCCAACAACGCAUCGACUUUAUACGUCGACAGCACCUACUACGCGACAUGGAAUCCAGACGUUUUGCCCAUCAAUUCGACUGUAACUGUCAAGAUACAAUUCAUCAAUAACUCGCUUCAGGAAGUUUGGUCCUCGGCUGAGACUGAAAACUCGUGGGGUUUCGUUUCUGUGACUAUGAAGAAGGAAUGGAUGCAAGGCUAUGAUGCCUACAACCUGACUUUCUAUGCCAUUAGCUUUGAAGCCAAUAACCCUUUAAAAAAGUCAAUUCCGUACAAAGGUCCUACAGUCCUCCUGACCAAUAAGCCCCCAUCUCACUACCAGCCACCUCAGCGCACCAAAACCCCCAACAAGCUAGGUCUGAUGAUUGGUCUGCCCGUUAGUCUCGGCUUCGUCGUCGUAGUUGUCAUUGGUCUCUUCGUCGGCAUGCGGAAGCACCGCACCAUAGGCCUUGGUAACAUCAUGGGUCGGCGCAACAAGGGAUACGGAGUCGGUAAGAGCAGAAGGCAGCGGAUGGGACUGGGCAAAACAGGUGCGAUAAGACUGGACAACAGAGAAGAGCAUCCGAGAUCGCAAUACCACGAUGCUCCAGCGCAUACGCGAGGCGAUAGUCUGGGCAGUCUCGUAAGUGAUGAUGGAAUUCGUCCGGCCCCGAGGGGAAAUCAGUUCAGGGACGAGCUUCAGAGGCAGAAGACCGGGCGGUAAAGAGUUCAAUCAGGGGCAAACGAAAACGCACACAGAAAGGACAUGAACGAGACUCGACAUGACGAAUUCUCAGGAUUGAGACGGAGCGCAUUUAAAUUCUGGGAUCUAUGGUAUAUGUCAAGAUUAAGAGGGAGUGAUGUAUGCUAAUGCACAAAUCGUCUGUCCAGCAG